AUGCCUGUAGAGAAGUCUCCAGAUAGCUUUACGUUUACCGUUGGAAAGCUGGACGCGGGAAUGGCGAUUCUUCUCGGGGAGAGGGCGCACUUGAUUGAAUUCCCGUCUAUUCUUUUACCGCCUGGAGCGACGACAGGAUCCAUCGUUAACAUUGCAGUGCACCAGAACCACGCCGAGGAGAAAAAGCGCGAGACCGAAUUUUGGUCUCUUCAGGAGGAUAUACUGAAUCACUUUGGGCAGGAAUCUCCUGAGCCACCAAAACUAUCGGUUCGCAACAUCACACAGACGUCGGUGACGCUGGAAUGGCCACCUAUCAAGCUGGCGACAGCCAAGCUUCGGUCUCUCGAUAUCUACAGAAAUGGCGAACGGCUCUCUUCUGUCCCAUCUCCUUUGACAAAUACCUCGACGAAACAUUCCGGAAUGGACAUCAACACCGAAUAUUCGUUCCAACUCAUUCUUCGCACUACAGCUGGAACAUUCCCCUCGAACGUGCUUAAAGUCAAGACACACACUAUGUCGGAUACAUCUGGAAUUUCCGUAUGCUUUGGGAAUGUGCAGGACCCUGUCCUGCUGGAGAACGCAAAGUUAGCGUUGAGGGAGAUGGGUGCGAAGUGGAGCGAUACCAUUCAAAUUGAUACCUCGCACUUUGUGUGCACAACGCCAGCAGCUACCCCGACAGGUGCGAAUGCAACUGGAAACGCGAGUAGUGCCCCGGGGGUUGCGUAUCAGCGAGCUCUCCAGCUAAGUAUACCUGUGGUGCAACCUCAUUGGAUCUUGGCGUGUCAUGCAGAGAGGAGAAUGGUCCCUAUUGCCUCGUUCUACCUUGGUGCAACAAUUACCCCAACAACGGCCACCAGCUUUAACCGCCCGCAAUCCAUGUCUCAAGCGUCGAUACCUCACACUCCAUCAAGCCCUACUCCCAACUCGGGCAAGGGUAAUCCAGCCUCGUAUCGCGCUUCUAUGCCACCUCCGUCAAGAGUACCAGAAACCCCACCGGUUGCAUCAGCAUUUGUUAACCAACCUGCCCAGCGGCCCUUUGAGCCUACUUUGGAAGAAAGAGAGGACGACCUCGACGCGCACGAUGUGAAUCUCGAGAGAUCGACGAGUGUAGAGUCUAGCAUUAGUUCAAACAAGGAAAAGAGGAAGAGCAGAAUGGGGAGUAUAAAUAAAGCCUUCAAAUUCCCACCCACCCCUACCACAGCUACGUCGAACACUGGAACUGCCGCUGAAGCUGCCCAAGAGAAGACUUCGCAAUCUGCUCCUGCCGAAGAUGGACCGGUCAAAUCGGCUUCAGACGAAAGUAAAAAUGAGAACAGGCGGUCUGUGGUCGACCCAGAGAACAUUGAGGUGCCUGCACCCCCGCCGAUGGAGAAGGAGAAGACUAUGAGCCAAAUCUCGUUGGAUGAUGAUGGCGAGGACGAAUUGGGUGAUACCGUGGACAUUCCUUUGAAUUAA